UCAGUCAGUCAAUCAUACUUCAUACGUAAAUUUCGCACAAUAGAUAGCACGAAUUUUUGAUUGCGAGUGGAACUUUAUAAAGUUAAUAACAGUAAUGAUGUUAUUGUAGUGUUUUGCCGUGUGGUGCGCUUCCAGCCCAACCAUGGGCUACGAUAUUGGAUGGAUUAUACCGCGCCUGCGGAAUCCAGGAAGGCUAUGGCACUGCGCGAGCUCUAUCACUGUUGCUGUCGUCGGUUUAUUUAGUAAAAUUAUCUUAGAGUUCCUGAACAAGACGACGGUGUACAACCGCGAGGCGCUGGCGGCGGCGGUGCGGCGGCCGCGGGGCCAGCCCCUGCUGACCGUGUCCAACCACCACUCGUGCUUCGACGACCCCGGCCUCUGGGGCGUGCUGGACCUGGCGAGCCUGACGCGGCCCGCGCGCAUGCGCUGGUCCCUCGCCGCGCACGACAUCUGCUUCACCAACGCGCUGCACUCCUGCUUCUUCGCCCUCGGCAAGUGCGUGCCCGUCGUGCGCGGCGCCGGCGUGCACCAGCCAGCGAUGGAUUUCUGCGUGGAGCGUCUGUCGCGCGGCGAGUGGGUGCACAUCUUCCCCGAGGGCCGCGUCAACGUGAACAAGGAGCACAUCCGCUUCAAGUGGGGCGUGGGCCGCCUCGUGGCCGACUGCAGCGCCGCGCCGCUCAUCGUGCCCGUCUGGCACGAGGGCAUGGACGCCGUGCUGCCCAACACCGAGCCCUAUCUGCUCAAGUUCCGGAAGCAGGUGUUCCUCAACGUGGGCGAGCCCAUCCAGAUACACCACCUGCUGGACAAGUUGCGCAGCUCCAACGCCAGCGAGGAGGAGACGCGCGCGGCCAUCACGGCGCGCAUACAGGACGAGCUACUGCGCCUGCGCGACGCCACGCGCGCGCUCAUGCGCCGCGCCGCGCCGCUCUCCGCCAACGGCUCCGCGCCGCAGCCCGAGCGCGACUCCGAGCUCUAGCCGCCCCCCCCACACUCUCUGUCUACGUUUUUAUGAAUCUUUACGGUGUUGUCGUUUGUGACUAAUCUUAGUACUUUUACAUCGGACAAAGAACUCGUAACGUAACACAUUAUGAUGAAGCUCGGGCUCGCUCGAGGACGACGCGUCUAGUCGCACGUUCAUUCCGAUGCAAUUUCGAGUAGUUAAGUUUUUCAUUAGUUAAUACAUAGCGGGCGGCAUAAUGUAAGUUUUAUUACGUGGGAAUUUUUAUCGGUAAGGUUAAGGUGUCCCCUGGAUGUCAGUGUCGUGGCGAUGUGUUCGUGUAUGUGUGUAGGGCCUAGCUCGCGGCGGCUGCGCUUAUUGUCGACGUCGUUAGAGCUCGUAUUUUAUAGUUACUCAUUUCCGAAAAUCAUUUUAUAACAAGUUUUUGGAUAAUUUUUACACCAGUUUACCUAGUCCGUAUCAUUUAUAUCGCGUAGGAUAGCAAUUAGCGUCGGUGUCUCCUAGUACGUGUACACGCCACACGGGGGCCCGGGCCGUCGUGGGGUUCCAAUACAUAUUACUAGAUAUCGUAAAUUGUGAUGAGAGAUAUAAUUCAAUGGCUCCGCCAUCUCUACAACCAAAGACUGUUGCACACAGAGUGUACAUAAUAUAUCCAAAAUAUUUUUAAACAAGUUUAUUAAAAUAAUCUUUUAAAUGACUAUAUUUUCCGCGAAAAUGUAAAGUUUACAGAGAUUGCAGUUUGGUGAAAUCGGUUCUUAUAUUCCUAAGUCCUCCGUUGUAAAGGUCUACAAUGCAUGCGAAUUGUCCGGAAAUGAAAUAUUUAAACACACUAGUGCUCGGCCACCAGAGUGAAUGCUAAGCAAUGUAAAUAAACAAUGAGGCGACGAUGGUCGAUCUCUCCGCUGUCAGUAAGCCAGUCCAGUCUUCCGUACAAUACUUUAUCUAUUUAUUGUUAAUUUUAUAAGAUUUUAUCAGGCGGCACUGCGCCUGCGCAGGGUGCAGUCUGUGCACUCGGGCGCCGUCUUGUAUAUAAGUAUGUAUCGUAGUUAGACGCUCUAGUAUUGUUGUGUUAAGCCUUAACAUAAUCAUGUUCUGUUGUCCAAACAAGUAUGAUAUGCUUUUUGAGGAAUUAAUUUUUUCAAAAUAAAUCGAUGGACUUACAA